AUGAAAGCCUGCCAAGGGUUCAUCCACCUCCUCUCAGUUUUCGUACUAGUCACCGGCGUCUGCUUUGCGGUUAGACCUACCGAAUUCUCUCAACUUUACACGCACGAGUGGAGCGGCACAGUUACCAAUUAUGCACAAACAAAAUUCAUCGAGCAGCAUCGGGUAUCAGUUCAUGUUCAAGUCCAGAGCGUUCAACCCGGAAAGCCGCCGUUCGACAUUAAGGUCAACAAUCCGUUGCCAAGAGAUGUCCACGUCACAAUCAAUCAAGAAGGCAAAGAUAUACCCGUGAAAGACGAACGGCUCAAAGACUCGAACUUCGUGAAAACGGGCACCUUUACACCAGUCAAGGUUGCUCAAGUCGACACGUAUCCAGAACGUUUAACCGUUCAUUUUUCACUUCCCAAGGCGGACUACCAGGAAAUUGCGGCCAUGCCACCGCAGGAAUUCAUGUACCCCUCUGAGCAUGCAACCCUGUAA